UCAACUUGAUGUCAUUCGAACUUCUUUGAUUGUUUUUUGUGUGUAUAACAAAAAACGAGAAAAAGUAUUCGCUGAUUAUUUUCGCACUACCAAAUAUUUUGUUAACAUUUUUUCUGCAUUGAAAUAUAUAGAAGAUGGCGAAGCGUUUAAAUGAAGAGCUCGUAUUCAGAAAAACAAAGCUUAACAAUCUAACUGACAUUAAGAAGUUAAACUGCUGGGGAAAUGAUAUCGAGGAUGUGUCUUUACUCCAGCAGAUGCCCAACGUACAAGUCCUUUCGCUAAGUAUAAAUAAAAUCAAUACUUUGGCCAAUUUCCAAUACUGCACUUCCCUUCAAGAACUCUACGUUCGCCAAAAUGACAUUAGAGAUCUGAAUGAGAUAUGCUACCUUCAAGGACUCAAAAAUUUGAGAAAUCUUUGGCUUGCAGAGAAUCCAUGUUCGUUACAAGAAGAUUAUCGACCAACGGUUAUAAGAACCCUAACCCAACUUAAGCAACUCGAUAAUUUAGCAAUUACCGAAAGGGAAUACAAGGAAGCUGCUACUAAAGGCAGGCUUCUGAUUCAUCCCGACAAUCUUCCCAGAAGAUCAUACACCGAAGAAACGCCGGAAAAGGAAGAAAUAGAGAUAGAGAUAGAGAUUCCAAAGGAAAACGAGUUCUACAUGUCCAACAGCAUGAACUACGUUAAUAAAAAUCGCUCAUCGGAAGAAAAUUGUUGCAACCAAAAUAGUCCCAAUUACAACAACCAAAAUAGUCCCAAUUACAACAACCAAAAUAGUCCUAAUUACAACAACCAAAUCAAAGAAGAAAUAAUUUUCAAAAAAAUGAAAAAUUGUAGCACGAACCGUUCUUCUGAAGAUAAUUCAAAAAAUACAACGUACAGACCAUCGAGCCCUCCUACUUACAGGCUGAACAACAAUUUUGAAGAUGAAUGCUUCAAUUCCAUCAGGUGUUCGUUUGAAGACCAAAACGAUUACAAUGCAAUUACAUCAUUGACAAGCUAUCACAUAACUGAAGAAAGAGAUAAUGACACAUUUUCGGUUAAAGAUCAUUACGUAGAAGAGUCCUACAGUUGCAGACCAAGUAAUACAUUUCACCAGGCGAUCAUACAACCCCUAAACGAGAUUUCGUACUCUUACGUACCACCCCUGAAUCACUCGUUCAGCUCCAAUGAUCUGGAAGAUAGUUUGGAAUCAAACCGUUUGCAGAAAAGUCAAUCUACUGGUCUUAUAGGACAAGAAACCAACACAGGUAGUUUCAUUCCAAUACCAAGGAGGGAGGAUUCUAACAAUUCCAUGUUGACUGAAGACUCUCACCACAGUAUUCUCUUAUCACAACCUACUAAAAGUUUAAAUAACAGUGUGGUUUCUGAAAAUAGAAAAGACAACAUCAGAGAGAAAAGUGCCAAAAAAUGUCGGCGAUUAAAGAACACCACAAAAACUGCUAAUGUUCUAUCAGCUGUUCUGUGUCUGUUGAAGGAGUUGGACCUUUCAAGCCUGGAAGUCGUAGAAAUGGUAGUUGCCUCCAGAUUAGACGAACUUGAAGGAAUUUCGUAAACUUGAAAGUUCAGAAAAGAAAUUUUCAGUUUUGUUAGUCAAAAACAUUUUAUUCAGUAAAGAAAGUCGAUAAAAAUAUGAGUAUAUUAUUUGAAUAUACUCAAAAUGGUAUGCCCUUAUACUAUAUGAAACAAAUCAUUAUUGGACGUAUAAUAUGUAGUGUAUAUGUAUGUAGAUGUAAUAUCUACUGUUAAAUUAUUUGUCAAAAAUUAUAAUAAAUAUUAAAGGUA